GUCCUUUAGCGAAUUUUGUAAAUUUAGAGCAAUCCCAUAAAUAGCUUGAUUGAAUUCGUGAUUUGGUUCUGAAUAAUAAUAUUCUCAAUAUUUUUUACAUAUUCUGUUUGUUUAUUUACUGUUUGUUUACAACUUUAAACCAGUUUUCACUAAAUUCUGUGCAGUACCCUUGGUCAUCUGGUCUCACUACCAGUUGGAUUUAGUUUGUGAAAUCGGCGGAUCUGAGCAAGUGUGUGUGUUGUUGUUCAUUGUGGUUUAUAUCGGUUCAGCAGUAUCCUCAAGCAAACUUAUUGCUCUCCUUAAGCAAACUUAUUGCUCAAGACCCUGCUGGAUCUACCCUAGCUCUGUUCAACCCCGAUCAGCGAAACAAGGAUGGAGGAAGAUUUAGCAAGGUAUGCUGCACAUCCUGGGGAGUACACUGUGUCUUCAAAGAAGUUAAAGGAUAUCCAUUUGUGUAACCCAAAGAGCUGUAAAGCAAAGAAGCCAGGACAGGCUUGUUUUAGAGAUUUUUAUAAGAAUGUGGAUACUUCUGCUAUUUAUCACAUACAAGAUCCAAAUAGUUCUCAUGAGGAUACAGUUCACGUUCACAAUGUGAAGGUUAUCCCUGUCCCUGUGGAAGGUGUAGAAGAAACCUUGGUUAACGGAGUACCAUUCCUAGACAAGCUGGAGGAAAAAUUCUCAUCCCUGGAACCGUCUAAGUCUUGGGGAGAAGUUUUCUGGAGUCAUAUUGAUUUCUGGAAAAGAAACCGGUCUCCUUCUUAUAGGCUUUACCGGGAGGUGGAAAAGAAUGGAAACCUCUACAGUAUAACUGUCGGCGAGACAUCGGAGAAAGAAGCAGCAGUGAAGGUAGAGAGUUUUAAAACCUCUAUAUUCAAAGGAGCUGAGAAGUUUAAACCGUUUCCUAGAGUUUUUAUAGCUCUGGAUGUUGAGGGUAAGAGAAUGGUUGAGGGAUCAGAUGUUCCGAUGUUAGCCAAGAUUCAUCUUGGUGAUGGAUUCUCGAGCUUUUUGGAGAUAAAUUUUCCAGCAAACAAGAACGAGAUACCAAAAGCCGUGGUAGAGUUGUUUGAAACAGAUGAUUUCGUCUUUGUUGGGAAUGAUUGUACUGAAGAUCUUGUUAUGGUGGAAUAUGCAGUUUCUACUCUAACUAGUGCGGAUUGGGAAUUCAAAGCAAAAUGGAUAGACACAGCAGCUCUGUGGGUAGGGCUUGGAAAAUGGGCCAAGAACUCAUUCGGUCUAAGUACCUUGCUCUAUCAAUGCCUUGGUGGGUUUUUACCUAAGAAUUUCAAGUUGAGUUGUGCUCCUGAUUGGACACAAUCUCUGUACAGGUUACCCUGGCAGUAUACAGUGUACAAUGUCGGAGAUCAGUUUGCUAUUAUAGCUGCUCUACAUCUAUUUUUUAUGACUGCCAUACAGACCAUAAUUCCAGAUAAGGAGAAGUUUGUGCAGAGACUGAGGCUUAGCGAUUCUGACAGUGCUAACCUUUUUAUCAGCAUUAUAACUGAAACCUUUACGGGAGUCUGCUUUGAUGGAGCCUACUACCAAGGAGCGCCGGCAUACCUCAGAGAGCAGGCAGUUAUCCAGGUUCCAAGUGGAAGGUAUAGUGCAUUCCGGCAUAGGAUGAAGGAGGAUGAGUCUCCACGACUGAAUAGGUUGCUUAAGAUGUGGGGUAAACCUGUUUGGUUUCUUCGCUCGAGUUGGGAGUGUACAGAAAAGGUUAAGUUCACGGAAGGGUUCUUGGGAAUAUUAAAGGAGUUAAAGUUUUGUGAAUAUGCUGACAUAGUUAUAAGUCCCGAGGAUGAGUCGGAGUCGGAAGAUGAAUCGGAAGAUGAGGUGAUGAUUCUGAAUGCCUCUGAAGAUAGUGAGAUGAUUGUUCUUGAAAAUUGUGUAAAUCACGUGGAUUAUCCAUCAGAUCCUGUUGAGGAUUCUUUAGAGAAUCUAGUGAAGGAUGAUUUGAAGUGUGAGCCGAUGAAAGGAACUAGAGCCUCCAGAUUUCUUAGACCUAGGCCUACAUGGAAUCCAUCAGGAUAUGAUCCGAAGAGAACACAAUUACAAAGUUUGUUAGAUAGAGGAGUCCCUCAUGUAGCUGUUGAUAGGCAUGGGGUAGAAUACACUCGCCGAGCUAGAAACUGGACAGAAUAUUUGUCAAUCAGGGAAAUGCUGAAGGAUGUACGACCGGAGGAGAUUUGAAAAUUUGUGAAUGAUAACCCAAUUAUUGGGCUAAAGUGGAUCAACUCAGCGACUGAGUGGGGAAAAUUCCCUACUCCAACUAAUUUCCGGUUCAUGGGAGGGAAAUGGUACCGAGAUGUAGUUCAACUAGUUGAAAAGAAGUUGAAGAUCCGGGUGAAAAACAAGCACCCAUACAACAAGAUCAGAGGUGGUAGGAAGACUCGAAAGUUCUAGAACAUGCUUAUGUGCUAAUUUAUAGCUUAAAUACACCCUUGUCUCUGA